AUGGCUCUGAUUGUGGACAUUGUGCGAUCGGUCCUGUGCACCUCAUGGCUUAACGUCUUGCUUGUCUUUGUGCCCAUCGGCAGUGUGGCCUAUUUUCUCAACAUCAAUUCAACCCUCAUCUUCAUCUUCAACGCCCUCGCUAUUGUGCCUUUAUCGUCCCUGCUUACGGAUGUCACGGAGAAGAUUGCCAGCGAUGCCGGCGACACCGUUGGCGCCAUCCUCAACAUCAGCCUCGGCAACCUCGUCGAGCUGAUCUUAUUUGUCGCCCUGAAGAAUGAUCAGAUCCGUGUCGUCCAGGCGUCGAUCCUCGGAUCUAUCCUUGUAAACUUGCUUCUGAUUCUCGGCUCUGCGCUCCUCACAACGAAGCUUCCCGACCAGGAGUUUUUGCACGAUGCCGCUGGCACACAGCUUCUCGGAUCCCUCCUCUUUGUGUCGGUCUUUACCUUUCUUAUGCCUACUGCGUUCGACCACACUUUCAGGGGAACCGAAGGCGCAGAGGGCAUGAGUCUCAAGAUGAGCAGAAUCUCUGCCGUCAUGAUUCUGCUCAUUUAUAUCCUAUACUUCUUUCACGAAAUCAAGACCCGAACCCCUCCCCACGACGUCGAAGCCGUACCCCAGGACGAAGAAAACGACGAUGCCACGCUAUUCGACGGCCAGGAUCACGUUCCUCUUCGGCCUAUGCCUCUCUCUGCAGACGCUCUGAAUGGCUCCCAAGCAGCUCCCCGAACCGUUCGAUUCGCCGAUGUCAGCCCUACAUCGGAACAUGCGCCUCUCAAGGAGGGCGAUCGAGACAGCUUGGAUGGAUUAGACCCCAACGAAGGCGAAUUGGAUAACGAGGACUAUCUGGAGAAUGGAGAGCCCAAGGAGGAGGCUGGCGAAGGUCUGUUCCAGUCGUCCAGACGGGGCAAGACACGAGCUCGCUCAUUAUCUCUAGGCUCAAGCAGGGGAGCGAUGAGCGAAACAUCCGAGGGAGGAGACCGCACGGAACUGAUGGCGCCGUACCUCACGACCAGGCAGAUCCUCCGCGACAGCCACGUCAACCUCGACCGCAUCGUUGCCAAACCAAGACAUGUCUCGUUCGGAGCCAAGACGGACCGCGUCAUCUCCUACGUGAUGCUGAUCCUGACCUCGUCCUUCAUGUCCGUCUCGGCCGAGUUUCUAGCCAGCGCCAUCGACGAUGUGAUUCGCCAGGGUCAUUUGUCCGAGUCCCUCAUUGGCCUCAUCAUCAUGCCCAUCGUCGGCAACGUCGCCGAGUACGCCACUGUGGUUGUCGUUGCUGCAAGAGACAACAUGGGACUUGCGCUGGCAGUUUCGGUUGGCUCAUCGAUCCAAAUUGCGCUCUGCGUGACUCCGUUGACGGUCAUUGCGGGCUGGAUCAUGGAUCGUCCGCUGAUGCUGACAUUCAAUCUCUUUGAGAUUGCCACUCUCUUUGGAUCUGUCUUGUUGGUGAACUUUUUGAUUCUUGGCGAGGGAGUAAGUGGCCCGCUGCGAUCCAGUGGCCUGAAGGGCGGAUUAAUGUGUGCGUGUUAUGUGAUUAUCGGACUCGGGGCGUAUCUGUCUCCCUAG